AUGGCUACUGAGACAAUUGAAGUUGAAGAUCAAUUAUUGCCUUGUACUGAUGAUUCAAAAACCGGAAGAAGACUCACGGAAGCAAUAAGCUAUAGACACUUGAAUACAUUAGAUUUGACGGGCACGGCACCAGUACGAGAAGAGGAAAAAAUUAAAAUUAAAAGUAAAGACCCUACUCCUGAACUAAGGACUUAUCAUAUAAAAUUAGGAUGGAUACAGGGCGUAUUAAUACCAUGUCUUCUAAACAUUUGGGGGGUAAUGUUAUUCCUAAGGAUAGCCUGGAUCGUGGCUCAGGCGGGUAUAGCUCUAUCGAUUGCUAUUAUCUGCCUUUCGGGAGUAGUAUGUGUUAUUACUACACUGUCUUUGAGCGCUAUUUGUACAAAUGGAGAACUCCAUGGAGGCGGCGUCUAUUAUAUAGUAUCUCGAUCGCUUGGCGCUGAACUUGGAGCUUCCGUGGGUAUAAUGUUUGCAUUUGCUAACGCAGUCGCCGCCAGUAUGAACACUAUAGGUUUUUGCGAAUCCCUAAAUGAUUUGCUUAAAUCACAUAAUAUUAAAAUUUUGGAUAACGACGUAAAUGAUAUAAGAAUGAUUGGGGCGAUUGCACUAUUUGUUAUGUGCUUAAUUUGCGCUUUCGGAAUGGAUUGGGAAACUAAAACGCAGAAUUUUCUGAUAACAAUUAUCGUAUCGGCAAUUUUAAAUUAUGUUCUUGGAGUGCUCAUUGGUCCUUUAUAUGCAGAACAGGACGCUAAAGGUUUUGUGGGUUUAAAACUGGAACAAGCUAAGAAAAACUUAAUGCCAGACUUUCGCUACAGUGAAAAUCAAGAACAUGAUUUUUUCUCCAUCUUUGCGAUGUAUUUUCCGGCUGUGACCGGUGUUCAGGCUGGAGCUAAUAUUUGUGGUGAUUUAAAGGAUCCAGCAACAGCAAUUCCUAAGGGAACGUUGAUAGCACUUGCAAUAUCAGUUUCAAGUUAUCUACUAAUGGCCACGCUGUGCGGGUUUGCUGCCCUGAGAGAUGCCAGCGGACAUGUGGAAGAUUUACUUGCCGGUAACAUCGACGCCUGUAAACCAAACUGUCCAUAUGGUUUACAUAAUAAUUAUGGGAUAAUGCAACUGAUGGCUCUCUCAAGUGAGCUCAUAUAUGCUGGAUGCUGGGCGGCGACGCUUUCAACGGCACUUACGAACCUUCUAUCCGUUCCACGACUGAUCCAGGCCUUGGGAGUGGAUAAGAUAUACCCGGGACUCAUUUUUUUUUCAAAAAGAUAUGGCAAGCACGGCGAGCCCUACAGAGGAUAUGUCCUAACGUUUCUAGUGUCAUUAUUGUUUCUUCUUAUCGCGGAUUUAAAUACAAUCGCACCGUUAAUAACCAACUUUUAUCUUGCUUCAUACGCGCUCAUUAAUUUCUGCACAUUCCAUGCUGACGUAGUAAUGUCUAUCAACUGGCGACCAUCAUUUCAGUAUUACAACAGAUGGAUAUCUCUAUUUGGCUUCUUGAUGUGCAUAGUCAUUAUGAUGAUUAUCAGUUGGAUGAUGGCGUUAUUGACUGUAUCAAUUUUUUUAACCUUAUACCUAAUCGUACUCUACAGAAAACCAGACGUGAGUUGGGGCAGCAGCACCGAAGCGCAAAGAUACAAGGAGAUUAUCUCAGCGUUAGUACAGAUGUGUUACAUGACAGAAAAUGUAAGGUCUUACAACCCACAACUGCUCGUGCUGGCCGGCGGACCCUAUUUACGACCAGCCCUUCUCGAUUUGGGACAAUUUAUUACUAAUACCGGAUCGUUUAUGGUCGUUGCUAAUAUACACGAGUCACAUUUGUCGUAUACGGAUAGAGCCUUGCAACAACAAGUAGGUGAAGAGUGGCUUCACACACGUAAAGAACGUGGCUUCUAUGUCGUGGUCGAUGGAUGCUCUCUUGAGGAUGGUUUGAGAAAUUUAAUACAAUGUUCUGGACUUGGGCGGGUUUCACCGAAUAUUAUGCUCAUUGGGUUUAAAAAUAAUUGGCAGAAGGCUGCUUUCAACAAAGUAAAGACUUAUGUUAAAUUAAUCCAAAUAGCGUUCGAUCAGCAGUUAGCCGUUGCAAUACUUCGAGUGCCCCUAACAGUACCACCCAGGAACGCAACUCAAGUUAAACUUCAGAACAGCCGAACUAGCCUCGAAGUUGAAAUCCACACUCAGGUCCUGGCUAUUAUGAACGCAGAUUCAGAUAUCGAAACCGUUAUUAAAGUGGAGGAACCCGACGAAGACGACGCAGGUGAAACUUCACCACCACCAGAGGGGCAACAACAUUUUACGGAACAACAACGAAAACGCCAUGGAAAAUCUGGAGUGUUUCGUCCUUUAGAGCUUAACGAGGAAAAUAAUUUGGAUAGCUGGUGGCUGUACGACGAUGGAGGGCUGAACGUACUUUUGUCCUAUAUAAUUGCAAUACGUGGAUUUCGUGCAAUGCCUUUACGAAUAUUUGCUCUUGCCAGAACAUGUCAUAGAUUAGGAGAUGCGGAAGCUGGUGUGAAAGCAUUGCUUCAUAAAUUUCGCGUGGAAUUCUCUUGUCUCAAAAUGAUCCAAGGUUUAUAUGACCCACCACAAUUGGAAACAAAGGAGAUGUUUAACAUGAUGAUAGAACGAUUUAGAACCGAUGUUGAGAGUGAUGUAUUGAUAACAAAUGAAGAACUAGAGCGAUUGAAUCAGAAGACUGAUAGAUACCUUCGCCUACGAGAGCUGGUAAUUGAAAACUCAACAAACGCCUCGCUAAUCGUCAUGUCUCUUCCCAGGCCUAGACCGAAUACGGUAUCAGCUGCUUUAUAUAUGACCUGGCUCGAAGUUCUAAGCAGCGAUCUCCCACCGGUUCUAUUCGUAAGAGGCAAUGACACUUCAGUUCUUGGUGUAUAA